GAAGCCGAUUUAAGGCAGGACUGAGGGGGCUGCUGGCGGGUGAAGCUGAAUCUUUGUGGCGGCUCGGCCUCAGCACGACCAUGGGGAAAGUUCACUUUUAUGCGCUGUGGUCGUUACAUGAAGCACCUCGUCAGUUUAUCAGCAACGUGAACCGUAAAAGUUACCAGGUUCAGAUGCCGCUGCCUCUGCCCAAGCAGCUGGUGGUGUUCAGCCUGGGGGAGUGGAGCUCGUUUUCUUGUGAGACAACCGUGUUAAUUGAGGUAUCAGUGAGCCCUGACGUGAAACCGCAGAGAAUUGGCGUUAUCUCUCCACAUUCAAGGUGCCUGGUGUGGGAAGGAGACUGGACUCUCGACCUUCUAGCCGAAUCAGCAGAGAAAAGCCGAAGAGGUGUUUAUGCCAAAGUAAUCCUCACUGUCUGUGGAGAGGUGAGAGCCAGCUUUGUUAGCAGCACGCCACGGGUGUCAAGAAAACGACCAGCUUACAGCCAGUCCUCCAGCCUCUGCCAGACCAUUCUGGGCAGCGGUAGCAAUAACAAUAUCAUAUUACAAAGGUCAUCGACUGAGGAUACUGUCACUUAUGCUGACCUCAAAACGAGCAAGGGGAACAUACAGGACACCAGCCUGGGAGUGUGGGCUCUGGAUAAAACUCCAAGGCGCUCUAUAAUAGGAAAGAGAGGCCGUGUUUGGAGCUAUGAGGGACCCGAAACACCACACAAGUCAAGCCAAGAUUCAAGCCCCAAGAAGCCCAGACUGAGCAUAUUGUCUGUGUCACAGAAUGAGGAAGUUGUUAAAGGGAGAAGGCGUUGCAGAGCGGAGCACCCCUCAAAGCGCUGGAGCCACACCAUGUGUUUAAGUGAUUCUGACACGGCUGUUCUUAUUGGUGGAGAGACUGAAGACAAGGUCUACUGCACAGACUCCAUAUGGAAGCUGGAGAUUGAUGGUGAUUUUUGGUUCCCCAUGGAUUCUUCUGCUGCUGGGCCCCACCCACCCAGCGCCCAAGGCCAUUCUGCCACCUUUGACCCUCAGAGUAAAGUUGUAUACGUGUAUGGAGGCUUGAGAGAUGGUCAGCGAUACAGUGAUAUUUAUGCAUUGGACACAUUAACCUGGAAAUGGAAACUAAUUAAGGCAAAAGGAAAUGUCCCAUCAUUAGCAUACCACAGUGCCACCAUCUAUGGGGGGGAGCUCUAUAUUUUUGGGGGGCUGCACCCUAGCCGUGGCCCUGGAGGCAAAGCAUGCAGUAAUGCACUGUACAUCUUCAACCCUGAACAUGAACUGUGGUACCAACCCAUUGUGGAGGGUGACCGUCCUCUACCCAGGUUUGGGCACUCCACCACGCUGUUACAAGACAAGCUAGUCAUAUUUGGAGGACAAAAAACUGCCGCCUACCUUAAUGAUCUCCAUGUUCUAGAUCUUGGCUUUAUGGAGUACACUGCAGUGAAGUAUGAAAACAUGCCACCACUGGCCCGUGGGUUUCAUGCUGCUCUGCCCGUGUCUGACAACAGGGUGCUGAUCAGCGGGGGCUGCAGUGCCUUAGGAGCUCUACAGGAUCUCCAUCUCUUCAAUCUAGAUACCAGCUCAUGGACGACGAUGGUGUGUCCACUGCUCUGCUCAAUGCCUCGUGCUGGCCACAGUCUAAUCAGCCUGGGAGGUUCUGCUGUUUUCAACACUGAUGCAAGAGCUCAAGAGGAUUGCCAUCAUUCCCGUCCCACCACUCAGUACACAGUCUUAGUUUUUGGGGGUUCAGACUGUGCGGGAAAGUUCUACAAUGAUGCCGUCAAAUGCAUCAUUGAAAUCCCUGCUGAAAUGCAGAGACUAUAACACAAAUUGGCGUGUGAGGACAGUCAAGGUUUUUCUACAAAGCUUAGUUUUUAGUGUGAACUGAAAAACACUUGAAAAUUUGUUCAAGCACUUGAGUGAAAAUAAAAUUUCACUCAAUCUAUUUUUUAAGGGCUACUUUUAAUUUUUUUAUUAUUCUUUUAGAGCUGAUUCAUAGAUUUGAGAUUUAAACAGCUGUUUUGCAGCUACAGUCUGGUUACCUAUUACCUAAUACACAUACACACUCUUCAAUAGAAUAACCUGUUUAUCAACUUCAGAGCCUAAUAACUGAUGUCAAUUUUGUGCAAUAAAUAUUUGUUUUUUUUUCACCUACCAGAUCAGGCACGUUUAACUUUAUUGCUCUUCUAUAUUUUCACUUUCUGUUCGUAACUUUCCAUCACAUUCACAGUGGUUUCUUUUUGUUUGUUUUUUUGUUUUUUUUUCCCCUCUCCCCCCCCUUCUCUUUAAAUGUCUCACUUUGUAAAAAUGUACAAGUUCAACAUACCACCAUAACAAUAAAUAGAACCAACAAAAGGAACUAGA